GCACUACAAGCACACAUCCCUGGUGCAGCACAAUGACUCCCUGAAUGUCACGCUGGCUCACCCGGUCCUUUCCCAGCCACCAGCCAGAUGAACAGACCGUGCACAACACAACAGCUGCCUUCAGCUUUUCCCCAGAGCGCUGCUUUCUGGCUCUGGACUCUUGCACCCUGUAUAGUUGAGUCUCUGUGCUCCUGCCCCUCCAGAGCAUCUGAGAUGUCUGUGACCGUUCCUGGUGUCCCUUUUGGUCAGUAGCUGAAACCCGUGUUGGCUGAUGGGACAGAAAGGCUGGAAUGUUGACUCACAGCGGCCUCCAGCCCUUACGAGGUGGGAUCUAGUUGUGAUUGAAUUGCUGUGGAUGAGCGCAGCCCCCUCCCCUUCCCCAACAAACAGCUCAGAUCCCCUUCUUGCUGGCAGGUUGCCCCGCUAUGCAUCACUGUAGAGCUAGAUCCCAAUUCCUCUGCACUGUGGUGUCAAUCCUUGCCCAGCCGAGCAGCACUGGCGCACUCUGUGCGAGGGGCUCCUUGCUGGAUCCUGGAGGAGGAGGAGGAGGAGGAGGAGCCUCCGCUGAGCGUGUGCGUCCUCCACUCUCACUUCCCUCGGUGACUUUGCAGGCGGGGGUGGGAGCUGCUGUCUGGUACGAGGGGUGCUGCUCUUCCAUGCAGAGACUCAUUUCAAAAAGAAGACGGUGUCCCCCGCGGGGCAGUGGGUGUGCUGGGAGGGGGGCUUCUUGGCCGAGGUCCCCACUCCGUCCUGUGCCCCACCUCGCUGUCUUGUCCCCUGGUGUCGUAGCCACCUCUUAGUGUUGCUGUCUGGGGAGGGAGGAUGUGGUUCGUGAUGAAUCUCUCACCUUAGUUGUGCCAACUAAGCUGUGAAAUCCGUGUUGGUACCCGUGUUUUUCCCGGCAGAAUCCGUGGGACGCACAGCUCUUUGUUUCUGGUUGUCUUUGGUGAAUCUCUGCGAGUGUAACCCGUUGAAGCUAACUGUAGCUCUGUAAAUAUGGUUCUGUUUGUAAUUGGCUGCUUACCUCGUCCUGCUGAACUCCCACUACGACAUGCAAGCGCGUGGGCAGCGGCUGGGCGGGCUGCUGCAGCUCGGGGCAGGAGGGGUGGGAGGCUGACGCACACUACGAGCCCUGCCCAAAAUGAAGGACCUCUGCCGCAGGAGGGGGGCAUUUCCGCUGGGCCUGGGGCCUUAGCAUGUAGGGAUGUAUAUGCAUGAUACCCAACUAUGUAUGCAAAGCACUUAUAUUCGUGAGUACUGUAUGGGGACGGGGGGUGAGCGAGCCGUGGUGGUUGUAGAGCUGCCCACUGCAGCACGGGCAGGGCUUGGGACGUCUCUGUUAAAGUUCAGAGGGCUCCAGGACAGCAGAGGAGGUGCGGGGUGGGCCCUGCAGGAGCUUUAACAGCCAGACCUGGGUCUGAGUCGAGGCUGCGGUGGCUUUUGCUUUACUGCGUCAUCCUGUCUGCCUGGGUUGAAGAAAGCAUCGGUCGUCCUCUUGAUUUGCCUGAGAGGCCCUUUCCCUUACAGAGGCCGCAUCCUCAGGACGGGCUGGUGGAUGCUGUAGGCUUUGCUGCUUCUGCUUCGUGUCAUGAUGGGCUGGGCUGGGUCCUCAGGUGCUGCGGUGCGUCUGUGUGUGCUCUGCCCACGUCCCAUCCUCCAUGCACUGUCUGCAGUGGGGCCCGCGGCGUUUUGUGCUCCCAAUUCCCAAUUCCCAUAGUCAGCUCUGCUGCUCGCAUUGAUCCAGGCUGCUCACAUUGAUCCAGGCCACUCCCUGGAUCCUUUUUGGAUCUGGGAUUGCUGGAACAAAUGUCACGUUCCUGUUGCUUGUGGCAGCUCUCCUACUCCCAGCUGUACCCCCCCACUCCUUGCUCUGUGUGCCCUCCAUGGGCCCUGGGCCCUGUGCUGGGGCUCCCCUGCUCUGUCAGUGUUCGGUGCUAUCACUCGGGGAUCACGUGGUGAUCAGUGAUAAUUAAUAAUUAAGGGAACAGUUUGGGCUGGGACAUGAGAGCUCAGACAGGCAGUAGGGCUGGCAGUCUCGGUGCUCGGAGUCCUCCCUGUGUAAUCAUUAUUGGAGGUGACUUAUUGAAGUCACUCACACUCCAUCUGAAGGGGAAAAAGCAGUAUAAAAAUGUCUUCAGAGAGGAGGAAAUGGAGGGAGGAUACCAUUGCAGCCCAACCUGCAGCAGGAUGACACUGCUGUCUUCUGGGACCAGGCGGUGGCUGAGUCUCUCUCCCCCCAUAGGGACACCCCGCGGGUGAGAUUUGCACACUCAGAGUUAUUCCAUGAGUGAACGUGUUUGUGGCCAGCUCGGUUCCUCAUUCUUGCUUCUGGUGUUUGCUCUGCAGUGUAUUUAUCACCGGCAAUCCAAACGGAUCUGCAGUCUGUUGCCUCAGUAAGCAGCACAGAGUGCAGAUUGGUUUGGUGAUGGUCCCACUGAGCACAGCCACACUCCCUCUGGGGGCUGUUCGGUGUGAGUGAUGGGAAUGCGGCCGUCACUGUGAGAGUUCGAAGUGGGCAUUGCUCGGAAUCACAGCCCGGCUGCCCCCAGCCCCUCUCGUAGCAGACCAAACUGGAACGCCAGGAGGUUUAUUUUCUGCCAAACUUCUUCACCCUUUACAACAGACACAGAGCCCUCGCGGGGGGCUGUGACACCCCAAAGCUUUGUGCUGGGCUCCUGCGCUGUGGGGGUGGGCUGCAGGGACGGCUCCUCCGGCCCCUCAUCCACAGCACCCCCAGCACUGCCUGCUCUGCUUCAGCCGCUCCCAGCGCUGUGCUUGGCCUGGACUUUGCUACCCAGGGGAAUUCCAGCUUCCCGUGACGGCGUUUUUUACCCUCCCGGCUGUAUUUCUGAUUCUCCUCACGCUGUCCCUCCCUGCUGCACAGCCACGGCCUCUGUGUGAGCUCAGCAGCAGCCGCGGUGGCCCCACAGCAUCUUCCAGCCCUGACACGCAUCACCGCGGCUGGGGACGCGCGGUCGGCCCCACGGGGCUCUGCUUGCAGUGCUGUAUGCGGCGAGGAGGACCGGGCCCUUCCCAGGGCUGCCGUUCCCCAGCCGUGCUUGACUUGGCUCUCGGAAACGCUCCUUUUCCCUCCUUUCCCCUUCAGGCUGAAGACCAAACCCCGAGCUUUCUGCAGCGCGGCUCCCCUGGAAUAAGCUAGUUGUGAUUUGUCUUUGAUGCUUUUGCUCGUGCUGUCCGGGUAGUGACGUGUUUCGAGGCCCUGGGCUGUGCUUUGCUGCUUGUGACCCGCAUGUCCCCCACCGCCCUGCCUGCCCACGUCCCACGGGCACAACGCGGCCCUGCGGGGGGGCCCAGGGAUGUGCCCGGCUCUGCUCGCUUCGGGUCGGGUUGCAUUGCUCUGUUCCCAGCUCAGAACACUCUGAGCCCCCCCAUAUCACCCCUGAUGGCGCUCACGUGGCAGGGGGGUGAUGGGGGGGGGGAGGUGGGGGGCAGAGGUGCCCCGACUGCUUUGUGCUCAGAGCGGACGUGGCGGCUGUGUGAGCGCUACCGAGAUGUUAGUCCUUAGGUAUAUGCAAUAAUCAGUACUCUAACUCGCCACUUCAGCUGUUUGUUACCAGCAGUAGUUCUCUAUGCUCUUUCUGUUGAUGUUUACUAAUGUCAACCCAGUAUUUGUUACUGUAAGAGGAUUUUUGUACGGUACUUCAAAAAAAAAAAAAAAAGAAAAAAAAAAAAGAAAACGGAAAAAAAAAAAAAACCCACAAAUAAAACGGAUUGAAUGAGGUGAUCACAGGGCUGGCUUUGGGGUGGCUGUGGGUCCCCGCGGGAACUGAGAUGGGAGGGGACCGAAGUGACGUCUGAGCCCAAAAGGGCAAGAAACAGCCAGAGCCGCGUGGCUGCAGCCCAUGGGGAAGUGCCGACUUCCCCCACCGCUCCCAGGAGGGGUUGGGGGCCGGGCCGGGCACCGGCUGCAGGGCUGGGGGCUUCAAUGGGGGCUCAGAGCGGGGCUGGGGGCACCUGGCUGCCGGGAGCUGUUGGUGCCGCUCAGGGCUGUGUUUCUGCCCAUGACCUUUCGCAACUGGUCCGUGCCCGAGGAAGCGGUGACGGCCGUUGGGGUUGGGGUGGGUGGCUGUGCCCCAAAACCCAAACGGCAGAGCUGUGCCCCGAAGCCUCCGCCGCCCCAUGGCACGUGCUAUGGGACAGCAGGGAUGGUUUGGCGGCAUCCACAGCCCCACGUGAGUCAGCGGUGUUGGUGUCACAUGAGGAGGUCGGUUGCGCCAGGCAGGAAGGGCGUGCGGAGGCGGGUGCAGCCGGGCUUUAAAAGCCCCAGCUGGGACAGGCUCGUCUCUGCACUGGCUCUCAGCCACCCCGCCGACCCCAUGGCCCCUGCUGUGCCGCUGGCCCUACUGGCCGUGGGGCUGGGGCUGGGGCUGGCCCUGCCCAGCUGUGACUACCCGACCCACCUCUGGUGCAGCUCACGGGAGAUCGCCGUUGCUUGCCAGGCAGAGAGCCACUGUGCCAACCUCGCGCACCCGACAGCCGCUCCCGUGCAGCUGAGCCUAUACUACGAGAGCCUGUGCCCGGCCUGCCGGGGCUUCCUGGUGCAGCAGCUCUUCACCACCUGGCUGCUGCUGCCCGUGGAGGUCCUGAACAUCACUCUGGUGCCGUACGGCAACGCUCAGGAGAGGAACGUCUCUGGGAAGUGGCAGUUCCAGUGCCAGCACGGCUCGGAGGAGUGUUUGGGCAACAUGCUGCAAGCCUGCCUGAUGCACGAGGCCCAGAACUUCACCACCUAUUUUCCUGUCAUCUUCUGCAUGGAGUCGGGCUCCUCCGCCACCAAGAAUCUGAAGGCUUGCCUGCAGUUGUACGCCCCGCAGCUGGAUGCAGGCCGCAUCACCGCCUGCGCGCAGGGGGAGCUGGGGGCCGCCCUGAUGCACCGCAACGCUCAGCUGACGGACGCUCUCGACCCGCCGCACCAAUACGUCCCCUGGGUCGUCAUCAAUGGGAAGCACACGGAUGAGCUGCAGGCGCAGGCCCAGAGCUCGCUGCUGAGGCUGGUGUGCCAGCUGUACCAGGGGGACAAACCCGAGGCCUGCGAGGACACGGAGAGCCCGAAGCCCGGCGCCGUCUGCAGGCGCUGAGGGGGGUCUGCAGGGCCGGAGUGGAUGCAGGCGGCGGGGAGCACCGCGCUGCGAGCGAGGAAUAAAGAGAAUCAUUGUGUGCGGAAACAUAAA